AUACGCGAUCAGACACUUGUAAAGUAGCUUCCAGUUGUGAGGUUCGACAGUACACGACACAUCGUCCAGCACCACGCGUGGUUCGGCCUGCAAAUCGCAAUGCGCGCGAUGCCGAUGCAGACGAUGGCGCCCAUUCCGCGGCUUAGCUUGCAUCGGCUUGUCCCCAACAGGGACUACGCAACCACCGAAUCGGGUCGUGAAACUGUCCAGCAUCCAUUGCCCGAUCCGCUGUAAGACCAUGCUGGUUAAAUAGACGGUGCACGCUGCUGAGGCGUCUCACACAGACAUGCCGGCAAUGGCGGCCGUCGUCGUAGUAGCUGCGCUUCGUUGCAUGGCAUGGCCGUGUCUAGCAUUGCUGUGCUUUGCAAUGUUGUUACGUGUGCCGGCCGCGUCGGCUGAGACGGCGGCGUACAUUGUGCACAUGGACAAGUCGGCCAUGCCGCGGGGGUUCUCCAGCCACCUGAGGUGGUACGAGUCCACGCUCGCCGCGGUCGCCCCAGACGCCGACAUGUUCUACGUCUACGACCACGCGAUGCAUGGGUUCGCUGCGCGACUGCGCACCGUGGAGCUGGAGAGUCUCAGGCGGUCACGGGGGUUCGUGUCGUGCUACCGCGACGACGCCAAGAUGGUGCGCCGCGACACGACGCACACGCCCGAGUUCCUUGGCGUUAGCGCGGCGGGGGGUCUGUGGGAAGCGGCUGAAUACGGCGAGGACGUCAUCGUCGGCGUGGUGGACACCGGCGUGUGGCCCGAGAGCGCGAGCUUCCGCGACGACGGGCUCCCGCCGGUGCCGGCCCGGUGGAAGGGCUUCUGCGAGUCCGGCACGGCGUUCGACGCCGCCAAGGUGUGCAACCGGAAGCUCAUCGGGGCGCGCAAGUUCAACAAGGGCCUCGUCGCCAACACCAACGUGACCAUCGCCGUCAACUCCCCGCGCGACACCGAAGGUCACGGCACGCACACCUCGUCCACAGCCGCUGGCUCGCCCGUGCCGGGCGCGUCGUUCUUUGGCUACGCACCAGGCACCGCGCGCGGCAUGGCGCCCCGCGCCAGGGUGGCCAUGUACAAGGCCCUGUGGGACGAGGGCACGUACCAGUCCGACAUACUCGCUGCCAUCGACCAGGCCAUCGCCGACGGCGUCGACGUCCUCUCCCUCUCCCUCGGCCUGGAUGGCGUCCCGCUGUACCAAGACCCUAUCGCCAUUGGCACGUUCGCGGCAAUGCAGCGCGGUGUGUUCGUGUCAACCUCGGCGGGCAACGAAGGCCCCGACUUCGGCUUCCUCCACAACGGCACGCCGUGGACGCUCACCGUGGCGUCGGGCACUGUGGACCGGGAGUUCUCCGGCGUCGUGACGCUCGGCGACGGCACGACCAUCAUCGGCGAAUCACUGUACCCAGGCAGCCCGACGGCGCUCGCGGCCACCGGGCUCGUCUUCCUCGACGCGUGCGACAACUCCACUGUGCUCACCAAGAACCGCGAUAAGGUCGUCCUCUGCGAUGCCAGCGACUCUCUGGGCUCCGCGAUUUUCGCGCUGCAGGACGCCAAGGUGCGCGCGGGCCUCUUCCUGUCCAACGAUUCGUUCAGGGAGCUCUCGGAGCACUUCACGUUCCCGGGCGUCAUCGUGAGCCCGCAAGACGGGCCCAUGUUGCUCCAGUACAUACGAAGCAGCCGCGCGCCCAGGGCCGCGAUAAAGUUUGAGGUUACCAUCCUGGGCACGAAGCCCGCGCCGAUGGUGGCGACGUACUCGUCGCGUGGCCCGUCGGGGAGCUGCCCGACGGUGCUCAAGCCCGACGUGCUCGCGCCGGGCUCGCUUAUACUGGCCUCGUGGGCGGAGAACAUCAGCGUCGCCACCGUGGGGUCGCGGUCGCUGUACAACCGGUUCAAUAUCAUAUCCGGCACGUCCAUGUCGUGCCCGCACGCGUCCGGGGUGGCCGCGCUGCUCAGGGCCGUGCACCCGGAGUGGAGCCCCGCCGCAGUCCGGUCCGCGUUGAUGACGACAGCCAGCGCGGUGGACAACACCGGGGCGUCCAUCAAGGACAUUGGACGGCGCAACCGGCCAGCGACGCCGCUGGCGAUGGGCUCCGGCCACAUCGACCCCAUCCGCGCCGUGGACCCAGGACUGGUCUACGACGCCGGGCCGGAGGACUACAUCAAGCUCAUGUGCGCGAUGAACUACACCGCGCAGCAGAUCAAGACCGUCGCACAGUCGCCGUCGGCUGCCGUGGACUGCGCCGGCGCGUCCCUCGACCUCAACUACCCGUCGUUCAUCGCAUUCUUCGACCCGAACGGCGGCGCAGGCGAGAGGACGUUCACCAGGACCGUGAGCAACGUGGGCCACGCGCCGGUGAGCUACAGCGCCAAGGUGAUGGGCCUGAACGGGUUGACGGUGACCGUGGCGCCGGACAGGCUGAUGUUCGGCGGCAAGAACGAGAAGCAGAAGUACACACUCGUGAUCCGGGGGCAGAUGAAGAACAAGACCGACGAGGUGCUGCAUGGGUCGUUGACGUGGGUGGACGACGCCAGCAAGUACACGGUGAGAAGUCCGAUCGUAGCAACCACUGCGAGCUCAGAUCGGUUUUAGGAUUCUUACUAGUAAAGUUUGUCAACAACUGAGCAUACGGAAUGAUUGUCAGUAUUGGCACGUGUCGCCCUAAAAAAAAGUAAAAAACGAAACGCCUCAAAUGACCUUGUUGUAGCUCGUCUAUACGACAGAUGAUAGUAAUUUAUAUUUCAAUUUAAUCCUCUAAAA